GCUCCGCCUCAGCCUCGCACCGCCCGCCAGCCGCCCUCAGCCGCCCCCGGUCUCGGCUGCUGCCGCCGCCGCCGCUCUCCGCUCGGUCGCCGCCCCGCCGCCGCCGCUGUCCUGCUGCUGCUCCGCCGCCGCCGCCUCCUCCUCCUCAUGAAGCCCGUCGUCGUCUUCGUCCUCGGCGGGCCCGGGGCGGGCAAGGGGACGCAGUGCGCUCGCAUCGUCGAGAAAUACGGCUACACGCACCUUUCUGCUGGCGACCUCCUUCGAGAUGAACGAAAAAGGCCGGGCUCACAGUAUGGAGAACUCAUUGAGAACUACAUUAAGGAGGGAGAAAUCGUACCAGUUGAAAUAACAAUCAGCUUGUUGAAGAGGGCUAUGGAUCAAACAAUGGCUGCUAAUUCCCAGAAGAACAAGUUCUUGAUUGAUGGAUUUCCCAGAAAUGAAGAUAAUCUUCAAGGCUGGAAUAAGACUAUGGAUGGAAAGGCGGAUGUUUCUUUUGUUCUGUUUUUUGAUUGCGACAACGAGAUAUGUAUUGGUCGCUGUCUUGAAAGAGGCAAGAGCAGUGGUAGAAGUGAUGAUAAUCGGGAGAGUCUGGAAAAAAGAAUUCAUACAUAUCUGCAGUCUACUAAGCCUAUAAUAGACUUAUAUGAGAGAAUGGGAAAAGUCAGAAAAGUGGAUGCCUCUAAAUCUGUUGAUGAAGUUUUUGAAAAAGUUGUACAAAUUUUUGACAAAGAAGGCUAAUUCCCAGCUUGAAAGUUCGUUUAAACUUGUGCUUGAAUCUUGCUUGAAUAGCUGCUACUGCAGUCCACUCUUUGUAAUUGUUUUAAAAGGUUUUUUAUUGUUUUUCACAUAUUGAUUGAUGAUUGAAAAAGCAGUUAAUUACAAACGUAUCUGUUUUUUUUGAUAGGAAAUAAUUUCUUGUGGCUAAAGUAUACAAGUUUCAGGGUUCUCCAUUAGUAUGAGUUCAGUUGCUCAUGUGGCAAAAUCAGUUAAAACACAUCUCUGAAGAGACUAUACUGUCACAGUUCUGUGCCUGUCAUGGGUGGCCCUUCUUUGUUGUCAUGCACCUGUCUUAAGGAUCAACUAAACAACAACAUUAAGCAAUGAGGGACCUGUGUGCCCAUGUUUGUCUUUCGGAUGUUUGGACCAAUUUGAGGAAACAUUUUUUUCAGAGUAUAAUUUUUGUCACAGAGUUCCCUGUUGCCCCCAAACGUGUAUUCUGUAAGUAAAACUACAGUUAGUAUGAGAAUCUGUUUUAGCAGUUCUCACAAAACUAUUUAAUAUGCUGUUCAGCAAUAGACAUACAAAGUAGUUUAUGGAAAAUGGUGCUGUCUUAUGAUUCUGGGUGUAAACUGUCUUGUAAGUUCCUGACUAUCUGGAUAACACGACCCUGGGCUUUGCCUUGUCUUCGUUUCCAAAAAGUUGAGAAUAUCAUUUCAAAGUCAGGUCAGUUUUCCAUUCUCAUUUGCUUUGAAUGAUAGUUUAGUUCUUAAUUAUGGCAUGACCUUCACAAGGUGUGAAACUCUUAAAUAGUGUACAUUAAGCAAAAUCUUCUAAUAGUUCUGUCUUUUGUAACAAGUGGAAGGGAUUUCCUGUAUUAUAAUUACUGAAAUACUGUGUUACUGAAUGCUUUGAGGUUUAUUACUUGGGGAAAUAUUUUUAUGGUUAAACUUAUAAAUUUGUUUCCCUAAAAGUAUAUAAUUUUAAUAGUUGCUUUGAAAAGUUUGUAAAUGAUUGCACUUUUGUUAUUAUGUGGUCAGCUGAAGGGAAAAUAUCUGCAGAAAAAGUCCCAUUCUCUUAAACAGAUUGGGUCCUGCUUUAUCACAUUCUCUUGCAUUAGUAUAGUCAGCAGCAAUAAUAGUUGGGAGAAGCAGAUAACUAGCUGAAAAACGGUAUUUUAAGUGUUUGUACAGAUGUGAUGUAAUUCUACCUUCUGUUUAAAGUAACCUCCCCCCAUAAGACUAGCAUGCAUAUGGGCCCAACCAUGCAUUCCUUGCACACCCUGAGCUUUCACUGAAGAAGCCCCAAGAAGGCUUGAGGAUGGGUGUUUUAACUAAUUUUAGUGAUAGGAUUCUUCUUGCUACAUUAACUGACAUUACUAUUGGUUUGUGAUGGGCUGCAAAUUACAGGGAAUUGCAGUUAGAAAAUUUGAGGAUUCAGCUUUUCUUUAUUGCUGACUUCCUAUAUUUAGAAAGCUUUAAAUUAAGCCAAGUUCUAAUUAGAAUUAGUUUUGUUGGUCCUCAUCCUGUGCUCUGAUGUGUGCAGGCAGGUUUGUAUUUGCAUGAAUACUCAUUUUACUGAGGUUCCUGCUACUGUUGGACUGGGAAGAGGUGGAUACAGAAAUAAAGGGUAAACUACAGGAUCUUUUCCAGUAUGGUGGUAGUUCAAACAAAGGACUGAGCACAAAUACCUGUUUACUAUUGCAGAAUAUAUGGACCAUGAUUACUUCUGUUAGUAUGGGAGGCUAAUGCUUUUGCUUUAUGAAUUUUCCUUUAAAAUAAAUAAAUAAAUCAUGGAAUGUAAUUCUUAUUGUAUAAGUAUGCUGACAUAGGAUAGGACCCAGUGAAACUACACUUCUGAUGUGAAGGCUAAAAUCAGGACGUUUUUCAAGACUUCAAGCAGGAUUCUUUAAUCUCCUUAGAGAUUUAAUUAUCUUUGUUUCUAAGUUACUGGCUCUUACAAAUUCUGCUGAGGAUAGAAUAUCUGUUUUUUCUCAUCGUAUACUUUUCUAUGUAUUUAAGUGCUAAAACAAACAAAAAACCCUUUAGAGCAAGUUAUUUCUUUUUGUUGUUUUUUAUUUUUAAAGACAAAUGUUUUGGCAAUACUGAAUUUGGAGUGGAUUGUAAUGUCUGUACAAAGACUAGUUAUUUUUGUCCUUUUAUUUAUUGAAGAUGCCAUUAAAUGUUACAAAAUCUUUCAAGUUGGAUUUAAAAUUGAAAUGAAGAUUAAAGGUAAUAUGCCAAUGUGUUGUGCCCACUUAGCAGCAAAACUGUACACAGAAUUUGAGAAGAUUGAAUAAACUUUGUUCUGUGGCUUAA